AUGACUCUGACACGCGGACACUCCUGUGUUCUAUGCCAACAGCGAAAGGUUCGCUGCGAUCAGCAAAAGCCGUGCUCGAAUUGUGUUCGCGCCCAGGCCGAGUGCAAGGUCGUCCCUCCAAAGCCGGUCACAAGGAGAAAGAAGAAGUUGCGAAAACGAGACCUAGUCGAUCGAGUUCAAAGAUACGAGGCUCUUCUACGCGAUAAUGGAAUUCAAUUUGACUCCAUACAGGACAACGCGGAUGAGCAUGUCUCCGAAACAGAGCCCGACCUUGGCGGCUUAACAGCUUCCGAGGGAGAGGAAAUACGCAAGUGUGUCUGCCAGAAGCGCGACAAGAACAGUCGCCCCAUCCUAAAUAUGAUUUUCAACGAGACUGCAGGCUUUCCAUUCAUGGUUGGCCCCGCGGCAUUCACCAUCACUCAUUUGCAUCCGCCGGGAAUCCAGAUCUUCCAGCUUUGGCAGGUCUAUAUCAAUAACGUCAAUUCCCUCUUGAAGCUCACCCAUAUCCCGACUCUGCAAUCGAAAAUUGUCAGUGCCGGUGUUAACACAGGACACAUCCCAAGGCCGCUGGAGGCUCUCAUGUUCAGCAUCUACCUGAUAACCGUCAAGUCCAUGACAGAUGAACAGGUCACGACCACCCUGGGACAACCCAAGGCAGUCUUGGUGACUCGCUUCAACGAGGCCUGCCAGCAUGCUCUGUCAAAUGCUGGAUUGAUGAAGUCAAAUGAUCUCGUUGUGCUGCAGGCUUUCGUGCUUUACUUGCUCAGUAUGGGCCGCGAUGUAGAUGCACGAACCCUGUCCUGCUGGAUGGGUAUCGCUGUGCGCAUGGCGACUCAUCUCGGUCUCCAUCGGGAUGGUUACCGGCUAGGUCUGUCGCCAUUCGAAACCGAGCAACGGCGGCGACUCUGGUGGCAGCUGGUCGCUUUAGACGAAAGGAUUGCGGAGAUCACCGGCUCGACCGUUACCAUUCUAUCUUCCUCGGGUGCGGACUGUCCACUGCCCUCCAACGUGAACGACGCGGACUUGCAUCCAGACGCUAAAGAAACUCCCGUCCCUCAUACGGGAGCGACCGAGAUGCUCUUCUAUUUGAGUCGCAUGCAGGUCAUGAUAGCUUCUGCCUCUACCCAUACCAAGAUUGACCCUCAGCCUGGUCAAACCCGUGAUUCCUGCAAUGUUCCGUCCGAGCAGAGCAACGCCGGUGCAUUCUCCUUAAGGCAUCCGUUAUUCCAGGAUAUGAGCAGCUUCGAAGAUUACGUGGAGUCUACCUACCUCAAACACUGCAACGGCAAAAUUCCUUUCCAUCACUUGGCCUUGGCGAUGACCCGUAUCGCUCUCUGUAAACUCCAGUUAAUUAGAGGGCUGCAUGCCGGCCAACACCCUACCUCCAUGAGAGAAGCAGACCAUGUCAAGCUGUUUAUAUGUGCUAGAAGAAUGCUCGAAUACGACACUGAAAUUCACUCUUAUGAAAGUAUGCGAGGCUUUCACUGGUACACGGCUUUGCAUGUCCCGAUGGAAGGGUAUAUGAUCUUGCUGAGAAAACUGCGACACGGCGUGUUUAAUGAUGAUGACCGAGCCUGGAAGGCGAUCUGCGACAACUACCAGCUUCGACAAUUCAUUCGUCAUGUCCAAAAUCCGAUCCAUGCUGCUUUUAGAGACGCUGUACUUGAUGCCUGGAGUGCACGGUGCGAACUCGUAGCGUCAAGGGUUGGGCCUCCCGAGACACCGCCGCACCUGGUUCAAGUUUUGCAGCAGCAUCUGGGAUCCAAUACAGGGACACUAGGCCAGCGUUCGGUAUCCGAUCCACUUGAAAUGUGCCAGGAUUUUGAGUUCAUGCUUGGCGAUGGCCUUAACCUUCCUCCACUAGAUAAUGGGGGUAUCUAUGGAGCGGAGUGGCUGGACUACGAUAAGGUGCUCUAG